AUGCCUUACACACCGCCCUCCCAUCGCUCGCCAGCAAGCUCAGCACCGUCCUCGCCCGACGUGAGCCGCCGCUCGUCAUUCCAGUCCAGCCCUAGACCAUCACUACCGAGGUCAGCAUCGUACCUCACAAAACACAGGAGGACACCAUCCGCCGCGACGGGCGCACCGAAUGGCACCCCCAACCAGCCCACUCCUCCGGGCACGUCGGACGAUCUCAAGGGUAUGGCAACGAGCAGCAGCGUGAGACAAUCACCGCCGCCACUGACGGAUGAGCGAGGUAUGCCUAAGGGAGCUAUCAUCUCCCCGCCGGACUCUGGCAGCGAAGAGGAGGAUGGUGCACAGCGCGGGAGACAGAUCGAAAACCUCAAGGAGCUUAAGGACGCCAUUAGCCAGAUUCCAGUCCACCGGGAGGCAUCUCCCAGCCCGAAGCCCGAGCAACACCAACAACAACAACCGACAUUAGCACUCGUUACCAACGAGGGCAUCUCACACAGCUUUAGCACCGGUGCUCUCGACGCUCUCGCCAAGACUGUCGGCCGUCGGGUGGGCCACUCCAGAUCGAGCACUGAGCCUAAGAUUGUCAUGAAGUCUGCCGAUGCGUCCCUGACCGGUUCUGAGGAGGAGUCCGACGAGGAGGCACCCAGAAAGCCACAGAUGGUGCGGAAGAAGUCAGGCGAGCUUGUCCGCCCCGCUCUUAGGCCGCCCUCCCGCCGCAGACCCUCCAGCAUGCCUGGCACUCCGACAUUCUCCAAGGCGGUCCACUUCGACUCCCACCUCGAACAUGUCCGCCACUUCCUCCAGGUCGACAGACCGCUUGCUGUCAGCGCCGGUUCUUCGCCUGUUGACGCCUACGACAGUGACACCGAGUAUCCCUUCCCCGGCGAUGAGCAGCGCCCUGCCUCCCGAUCUCCGCCAUUCGAGUGGGAGAUCGUGGCGGCGAACCACCCUGCCGAUACUCCUAUCAGAAAGUCGCUGCCUGUCCGCCUCGAGAGGGUGUGGCUAUCCAGCGACCAGAAGAGCUUGCUGGGUUCCGUCUGCGUGGCCAACCUGGCAUUCCAGAAGUCUGUCACUUGCAGAUUUACCCUCGACUACUGGAAGACUACCUCAGAAGUCGGCGCCGAGUACUCCCACGAGAUCCGCCCUCAAGAGAGCGGUGUCUCUCACGACCGCUUUCAGUUCUCCAUCAAGCUGUCCGACCUGGCUAACCUCGAGAGCAAGACACUGUUUUUCUGCAUUCGGUACAACGUGAACGGCCAAGAGUUCUGGGACAGCAACAACGGCACCAACUUCCAAGUUGACUUCCGCAAGAAGUACCUGCCCCAGAACGGCAAGCGUGGACUCCAGGGCGCCGCCAGCCGACCUGCGCUUCCCCGCAGCAACCGUCGUGCGAGCCCCUCGUCCAAUCCUCGCCCCAAGUCUAUGCCCGUCGGCUUCGACGACUUUGGCGAGCAGGGCAAGAUCCACUUCGACCAGCCCAUCCACGAGUACCUGGGCGAGUCAGGCCCCAAUGCUGGCCUUCGCCUCAAGAGUAACAAGUCCACUGGCAGCCUGGCUAGCGAUAACCUCUCGAGCCGUCUGUCAGCGCCCAGCGGACAAGCUUUUGCCAACCGCUACGACUUUGGUGCCUCUCUCUCUGCUGCGGUCCAGGCUGCAAAGGACAACGUUGGCAAGGAUCGCAAUGCCGAUGGUCUCUAUAUGAAGAGCCAUCGCAAGAUCCAGGUCCCCGCCCAGCAACCCCAACAGCACAGGCCAGUCCCGAACCCGACCGCCACCUCCACCGCCCCUGCUGUCAAGCCCGUCCUGCCGACCGCUUCUGGCCACGACUCCCCCAACGCCAUGAUCGCUUCGUCCUCGUACGAGGAAUUGGUCAACAAAUACUGCUUUUUCGGCUCCAAGCAGUCCAGCCCUCAGAUCACUGACGGCACCCUUAAGAGCGGGAAGUUUGACGGGGCUGACGAUGGUUUCGCUACCCGAGGAUCCAACAGCACCAGCUCGAGCUCGAAUGGCAGCCCCAGCAUGGCCCACCACGCUCAGCAUGCCGGCCCCGCCCAGCACCACGCAUUCCACCUUCGGGAUCCCAACCCUUAUUUUCAGCAAUUGGGACCCUAUGGCUCAUCUCCGGCCGCCUCCCCACUCAGCCAACCCCAUCCAGAACGAACUGCGAACCAGCGUCCGAGUCAGGCUUCCGCCCCAGCGACCAUGAGGUCGGCCUCUCCGGUCGCCUCAGUGGGUGGCUUUCCUUUCGCCGGUACGUCGCCGAAUGAUUAUCCGUACGCCCAGCAGCUGCAGGAGCGCUUUCCGUUCAACACCGAGACUCAUGCUGCGACAGCAAUUAGGGGUUAA